CUAUGACGUCACGUAGCAUCAAUAAAAAUCAUGCGUGAAUGAAAAGUUGCUUCUGGUAUUUCUCUUCAACAUUAAAACUUUUUUUUUUUUAGGAAAAACACGAUUUUUUUUAUCAAUCAGGCCUUUUAACUGAACUCAGAUUUAGUGAUCGUUUUACGAAGUAUAUGCAAUGGCGUUUCCUGAGUGUUUUUGACCUGGUUUGAAAGUUAAAUUACUUUAAUUCGUGCGGAUGAAUCUUACUGUCUUUCACGAUUCACGCUGUGAGAUCUCUUAUAACUAACAGUGAGAGACAAUUUUUUCUUCGUGUUAUCAAAAAACUCAUAAAAGAAGAAAACCCCGCGUUUUUCUUGUGCCUCGGACCAUCUUUAUUCCUUUUUUUAAAGUUUUUUGUUGGAGAAACAGAUUUUUGCAACAACAAACCCUAAGUACUUAAAAAAAUAGCAUCAUGUGAAUGAAUAAAAACAUAAAUAAAUAAAUGACUAUAAGGUUUGCUUCAUUUUUUAGUUUAUGACGUCAAAAAAAAAAUUUUUUUUCCGCUUUUAUAAUGAACCUCGGAUUUCUUUUGAUUUUUUUAAAAGCGAGGGAUGUCCUUUUUUAUCGAACAAAUCUUUACAUGAAAACUAAAAGCGCCAAAAAAUUAUGAUUCUCCUCAAAGCGAAAGUUAACAAGGUAAAACAACGAGGUUUAUCGUUCUGUAAAAUUAUCAACACAUAUAAUGAGUUUGUUAAACAAACGAGAGCGAAAAUAUGUACUGAUUUUAUGCUCCGUCAUGUUAAUAUAAAACAUGAAUUUCAUAAGAAGAGGGAAGAAAGAACUGGUUGUUAUUGACUUUUUAGAAUGGAUUUGUUUGGAGAGCAAAAGACUUUAAAACUUACAUAUAUCAAACUAUACAUAGAUGUCAUACGUAAAGGCGUUGCAGUUUUUUUGGGCCUGUGUCGUAUUAAUUGGUUCAGCAACAAAGCAUGCAACUGGCAUUCUAUCCAACCAACCAACGACUACACCAGUGCUGCAUAACCAAUCAAGCACCACUUCACUACUUUCUAACCGAUCGAAUACUUCGCUGUCACAACCUGUCGAUCCAUGCAGCGAAUCCACAACGCUGCGUUAUAGUCUAUUUGCUUUGUUCUCCAUUACCAUAAUUUUAGUCGGAGUUACAGGCAAUAUUCUCUCCGUUGUGGUCAUCUUAUUUUCAAGAAAUCUCCGAAGGCAAGUAACCUAUCGUUUUAUCGUAUCACUGGCCAUGGCGGAUUUAGGGGUGUCGUUCUUCAUAACAACGUAUACAACAGACUUUUACCUGCACAACACAAAUUUUUGUCUUUCUUUGAGACAUUGUUACUAUUACAUAUUUAAUGACCACUUAUUUCCAAUCGCUUCAAUAACACACUUCAUGGUCAUCGCAGUCGAUCGUUGUAUUGCCAUAUCAAUGCCGUUCUUCUAUUCGGCAUAUUUCACAAAAGCAACGACAAACGUCAUUAUCUUCGUCAUCUGGUUUUACGCGUUGUUGUGGACGUCGUUCACUGUCGUACCAUGGUACGGUUUGUCGGAAAUCUUGCUUAGUAAGCGGAAGCUUUUUAUUUGCUAUACAAAUUACAACAACGUGUUUCCCACUGUCUUGGUGUGCGUGGUAUAUUUGAUACCUGCGGUGAUCACUACUUGUAUGUAUAUUAUUAUGUCGCGCAUAGCAACAAAACAAGCAGCUGCUAUUGCCAAGUUAAAUCCACACACUCACGGUAAAAUGAACCGAAUUUUCAAGAAAGAUUUGAGAGCGUAUAAAACUGUUGCAGUUGUGUUUGCUGCGUACAUUUUUUGUUUCCUUCCGCGCUUCAUUUAUUAUUUGGUUGUAAUAUGGGAUAUAAAUGCCAUAGUGAAGCUUAGUCAAUGUUGUCCAACUGCUUUUGAUGCAGUAACGACAUUGAUAAACAAAGUUUUGCCUACCUUGAACAGUUGUGUGAAUCCGUUCAUUUACUUUGUAUCGAGCGCUCACUUUCGCGUGGCGUUUAAAGACCUGCUUUACAAAUUGCUGGGUAAGCCCCGGGAAGGCAUUCACUACCCUGAUGACUCUACGCAUGUACCAAGUAACAUACCGUGCCGCGGGUCGUUCGAUAACACAAUAGACGAGACCACACUACCGAGAGGAAAAUCCUUCAAUUGCUCUAUUAAUAAAAUUUCCAACGAAAGCCUUGACAAUAUUGGAAAAGAAAACGAUUCAAAAUUAUAAAAGUAUAUAUUUGCUGUCUUAAUUGUGGUAUUCUUUUAUUCGUUUAUUUAUUAUUUACGUUUUAUUUAAUUUUACUUAUUAAUUCUGUAGUGCUUAUGUCAUUAUUUCAAAUAGUUAAAUUUUACUAAAAAGCAC